UCCGGCACGACGGUGAAUCAUGAUGAACCAGAAGCAGAUCCCAUGCUCCUCGGAAACCACUUCCUUCGGGUCACCCGGAAGAUACCGCCGUGCGUCUUUUCUUCGGUCUGUCAUCUCCACCACCAUCAUCCUGAGGUUGCAGGUCGUCUUUAUACAAAAGAAUGAGGCUGUACUUGCUGUUAGCGGUCGUCACCCUGCUUUCUUUUGCCCCGGGGGCAGUUCAAGGUGCCGACAAGAAAAAAUUGCAGAUUGGGAUUAAGAAGAGAGUGGACAACUGCCCUAUAAAAUCCCGGAAGGGAGACGUACUGAACAUGCACUACACUGGAAAGCUUGAGGAUGGGACAGAAUUUGACAGCAGCUUACCCAGAAAUCAACCAUUCACUUUCACUCUGGGGACUGGACAGGUCAUCAAAGGAUGGGACCAAGGCCUUUUGGGAAUGUGCGAAGGAGAGAAACGGAAGCUGGUCAUUCCUUCAGAGCUGGGCUAUGGAGACAGGGGAGCACCCCCAAAAAUUCCAGGGGGCGCUACACUCAUUUUUGAAGUGGAAUUAUUAAGCAUCGAAAGAAGAUCUGAUUUGUAAGGAGCCUGUUUACCAUCUGAAGAUGCCAUACACUCAGUACUUAACCCAAAAACAUCUUCGCUCAUCUGGACCGGGCUUCUGUUGCUGCUGGUGAAAGUGCAGUACUUUACCCCAUGAGAGGUUUAUGGUCUCGAUUUAAGUUCGCGAUCACAAACAUGAACAGAACUUGAAGGUUUUUGAUUGGUUUUUUGAAGACUUUUGAUUUAAAAGGCACUUUGUUCCCAAAAUGUCUGCAGGAUUCUGGAUCUUUAGAAGGAAGGCAUCUCCCAGAAUUCUAAAAUUCAAACAUUUAAUUUAGAACUUGGAUUGAUAUUCACUGUACUCAUUUGCAAAAUAAUUUUACCAAUGUAUUUUUCUUAUCAAAAGUCAUUUCAGGUUCUUUGACUCAGGGGGGUUGAACUGAAUUUAAUAAUAAAAAAAAACGAGAAAUG